UCAGUUGAGGUGUUAAUAGAGUCGGGAACACUUGAGAGAUGUCUAGUGCAGCACAAGCCAUGAGCACCCUACCCAGCGGACUCGGUGUGUGUACAACCCUGCCCGAUAUCUUCUAUAUACUUGAACUUGUCUUCGGUGGGCUUGUAUGGAUCUUGGUGGCAUCUACAAAGGUGGCCUUUCCCAACCCUCAAGGAUGGGUGAUGUUCGUGUCCAUUUUCUGCUUUGUCGUCACGUUCCUGUGGCUCCUGAUCUUCCUCUGCGGCGCACACAAGAACAGCCAUGCGUGGGCUGCAGCUGAUGUGGCCUACCAUUUUAUCGCCACUGUCUUUUACUUGAGUGCUGCAGUUCCCCAAGCCUUAGUUACACUUUCUUCGAAAAGUCUUUCUGAUCUAGAUAGUACUGGUACCCUCUUCAAGAUCUACCAAGAGAACAUUGCCGCAGUUGUGUUCGCGUAUGUGGCCACCCUGCUCUAUUUCAUCCACACCAUCCUCUCCGCUUUCCGGUGGAAAAACUUUUAAAGAUCCCCCCCCCGACGGAGGGCCGAGGAGCACAGGGGCCCCACUGAGCAAAAGAUAAGAAUGUCAGAGUUCCAAGACAGCGGUGCUGAUGGACGGAACUGAUCUCGCAAUGGCGGGACUGUAGCACAGCAGGACCACCAGGGUCUCGCUUGUCAUGAUCGGAUAAUUUGCAGACGUUCAAAGCUUUAAUAGGGGAAGCAAACAAUUGGUUUUAAAAGGAGAUAUUUUAAUGAGAAUCAUGAGGAAAAUGACUUGUACCACAUUCUUAUCUGUUGCUGCACAAAGGCCCAAAUUGUGUAUGGAUUCACCUUGACUGAAAUCUUUCCAUUGGUUUCAGUGUUAUGUUUAAACAAAUUGAACUAUAAUUACUCAAUCUACUAUUAAAUAUUGCUCAAUCUAAUAUUCACACUUUUAGUUUUUUUGUCCAAAAAGGUUUUGUAAAGACCUGAAAAUCGAUUACUAUAUACACUAAUUAGGCAUGUUGAGCACCUCCCUUUUUUUUUUAAAUUGACUCUUUGUGUAUGGUUAGCUUUGUAUUUGAACUUUUAAGCAAAAAUCUUUCCAUUGAUUUCAGUGUGAUGUUUAAACAAAUGGGACUAUGAUUACUUUAAAAAGUGUAUCUUUUUGCUAGUUCCAGAAAUCUACCACCGCUGUAUAUUGUAAAACCAAUUUCUUCAUAUUGCAAAGUGUGCCUUUUGUAUCAAUAUUAAUAAAAGAUUUUAAUUAUAAAACCUA